AUGAUGUGUUCAGUCCUUCAAAUCUAUUUAGGAGGAUUAACUUUAGUAUUAUCUUACGAUGAUCUAUCCUUAAAUAAAGAUGCCACCCAAUCACAUACCUACACAGGCUCGAGUAGCAUGUAUAAUGCACGCAAUGCAGUUGAUAGAAACCUUAUUACGUGUAUGAGGACAAAUAACGUAGGACCAAAUUCUCCGGAAAAGACUGUUUGGUGGAAAGUUGAUCUUGGUUGGGUGUACAGUAUUUAUAGUGUGACCAUUUUAUUUAGAAACUACAACGGUCAUGAGAGCCGACAACGAGGCCGUUUUGCAGGAUUUUCUAUCUUUGUAUCAAACACUGGCGAUAAACAAGGUGCUACGCUGUGCUAUAAAGAUGGACCACAGUUGCCUCCUCUGAACUUUACAACAACCUGCCCUGAAUACGGACGAUACGUCAUAUUUUACAACGAAAGGCUCGAUGGAGUAAUCUAUCCAGAUGGUUAUCAACUAGCAAAUGCCUACACCGAACUGUGUGAAGUCAUUGUUGAAUGCUGUCAGAAUUCUAUUGUGUAUGGAAGUAACUGUGAUAAACCAUGCCCUAUCAACUGUAAGGACAACAUGUGUCACAUACAACUUGGAAACUGUUUUGCGUGUAAACCUGGAUGGACAGGAAACUCCUGUAUUACAAAAUGUAUGGAAGGAUGGUACGGUAGCAACUGCAGUCAACUAUGUGAAGGACAUUGUAGAAGUGGGACUCCAUGUAAUCACGUGACUGGUCUAUGUGAUGUAGGGUGUGAAGAUGGGUGGUAUGGUAUACAUUGCAGUAAGCCAUGUGAAGGACAUUGUAGAGAUAACAUAAUCUGUAAUCACGUGACUGGUCAGUGUGACGGAGGCUGUGAUGCCGGAUGGACAGGCUAUUUUUGUAACAAAGAAUGUGAUGUCGGAGAAUAUGGUUUUGACUGUGUCAACACAUGCAGUGGUCACUGUUUUGGAGAUUCUCCCUGUAACAAACAGACUGGCCAUUGCGAGAGGGGAUGUAAGGUUGGAUACAUAAACAGUGACUGUGGUACAAAGUGUCCUUCUGGUAAUUUUGGAAUGGAUUGCAAGAAAUCGUGUCCUGGACAUUGUUUAAACAACGAAACCUGUGAUCACGUCAGCGGACUGUGUCUUAAUGGGUGUCACGAUGGAUAUAUUGGAAAAUACUGUAACAUUUCUUGUCAAGAAGGAUAUUAUGGCAAAAAUUGUUCAAUGGUUUGCCAUCCUAACUGCACAACGUGUCGAAACACAGACGGAUUUUGCACUUGUGGCGCAGGUUGGAUAGGUCCUAAUUGCUCUUUAGAAUGCGUUUGGUCCUAUGGGGGUCAUUGUCAAUAUCCGUGCAGUAGACACUGUAUAAACCAAACAUGUGACAGAUUCAAUGGAAGCUGUUUGCUUGGUUACAGUAGUGAAUACAUGUAUUGUGAAUCAGUAGAUAGUCAGCAGUUUCCAACGACUUUAACAAUAUCGAUCGCUGGGUUUACAGUUUCACUAGUUAUCAACAUCAUUGUCAUCAGUGCGAUAAUGCUUCGUAGAAGGAAAAAAUCGUUCAACUGGAAUAAUAUCCAGUAUUGUUUGAGGACCACGUUUAAAACCGAAAAGAAUAACACCGAAGAGGAGGAACCGCAUUACCAAGAGCUCAAAGAAAGAAGGAAUGAAAAUAAUUAUCAGAAUUUAACAUAAAUACUCUCUCUUUUGCUAUGUACAAACCAAUAUUUUAUUUGAUCAAUAAAAUGCAUCAAAUAUUUGGUUUUAGAUGAAACAGGUAUAUCAAACCUG